AUGGGUCUACGUAAAGGAGGAAGCAAGAAGAAAGGCAAUUGCAAACGGAAGGCUAAUGUAUGGGAUGAUGCAGAGCUCAAGACGAAACGGGGCGUGAUUCCGAGUGAAAAUGAUGCGAAACGGAGCAAAUCAAGUUUGAAAGGGUCGAUGAUGGGUCAGUGGAAGACUCGGAAGAUUAUGGAGCGUACAAAAGAGCGCAAAUUCUUUGUUUCCGUGGAGGAAAAGAAGCGAUGGCAACGUGAACAAUACGAAGAGAUGUGGGAGCAUACGGCUAAUGCCAUUUAUACGAAAAACGAAGCAGUAGAAGCCGAGAUAGAAGCGAAAGAAGACAAAGAAGAAGAGGAGGAGGAGGACAGUGAGAGUGAUGUGGAGGACGUUCUUUAUGGAAAGAAAAGGAACGAGCUAUUUGAUGAGUUUGUAAAGACUUUCAAGAUGGAAGAAGAUGGUAAAGAGGAGGAGGAAGAGGAGAGAGAAGAAGAAAUGUUGACAGAAGAACAAGAUGAAGAGAAGGAGGAGAGAGAGAAUGACAAUCAGGUUGCUGCUAUGGAAAAAGAUGAUGAAGAAGAGAUGGAGGAGGAGCAGCAGGAUGAAGAAGAACAGGAAGAUCCUUACCGACGACGAUAUCUCUUAAGUUCAUUCUCAGAGCAAGAUGCAAAAAAGUUUACUGCAACGAUGAGGAAAUUUACAAAGGUUGACAUACAAACGCUAGAGGAGAAGUUGUAUGAUGUCACGUACCGAAAAGGAAUUGAUGAGGAUAUCAAGGGUAUUGCUGGUGUUGUCACGACUCCGGAGCUUGCUAUGAAGAAGAAACCGUAUGUCCGUUCGAGGCUGAUGGCGACGUGGAAACGGCAUGGACUGGAUCCGGAGACGGUAUUUCCCAAGGGGUCUGUGGAGCGCGCGCUCUGGCAGCAAUUGUCGGCAUACAUGGACGUGUUUUUUGCUGGUCAGACAUUUGAGAAUACGGCGACACUGCGGCGUCUAAGUGCCAUGCAUGUGCUGAACCAUGUUUUAAAAGCUCGUGACACCGUCACAAGGAACAAUGAACGUAUAAAAAAGCGUGACGCUGAAAAAGCUGACGAUGAGGAGGAGAAAGAGUACCGUGACCAAGGGUUCUGCCGUGCAAGUGUGUUGGUUUUACUGCCUCUUCGUAGUGCUGCUGUUGCCUUUGUGAACCAACUGCUGAAACUUUUACCAGCAAAUGUGGAUACCUUUCACAACAAGGACCGAUUUUUUCGUGAAUUUGGAAGCGCCGUGGCCGAAAAGGACAUGAAGGAUGAUGAUUCAACCACGGACGAUGGCAAAAAAGAGUGGCAGCGCGUAUUUGACGAGGGCAACAAUGACGAUUGCUUCCAAUUGGGUUUGUCGUUUUCCCGCAAAGCCGUGCGUUUCUACAGCGAAUAUCACCACGCUGAUGUCAUCAUUGCGUCUCCUCUUGGACUUCGUCAACAACUUGGCGAUGAAGUUGCAGUGCUUGAUGACACCGAGUCCACUGUUGACGUCCAACUAUCAAGUGAUUUUUUAUCGUCAAUUGAAGUCUGUCUCGUUGACUCUGCAAGUCUUAUGGCAAUGCAAAAUCUCGACCAUUUGCGUACAGUCUUGCGAGCGACCAAUGUGCAGCCGAAAGAAGCUCCGCAUGCCGAUUUUGCACGUGUUCGUGAGUGGAAUUUAACUUUUUUGGCCUCUUUUUUUCGACAAACUGUCGUUUUUGCUCAUAACGUCGAGCCUCUUGUCCAUGCCCUGGUGACAAAAUCCUGUCGCAAUAUCUCUGGAUUUGUCAAGUAUGUCCGUAUCUAUGAUAUUGCCAAUGGUACAGCCUCAAUUUCUCAGGUCGUACCCCACGUCAAACAACUUUUUCAGCGGGUGGAUUUAAAUACCACUGACUCGUGUCAUUUCAGUGCCAAAGACGAAGCGGAAUUGCGGUUUGAAUACUUUAAAAAGCACGUGUUUGAACCGUUACUGGAUCAGCCACGGAAACACGUGGUCAUUGUUAUUCCGUCGUAUUUUGAUUACGUCCGAGUCCGGAAUUUAUUUCACGAGCCACUGAACCAGAAACUUGUGACAAGUGUUCAAUGUUGUGAAUAUACACCUUCUCGGCAAGUCUCUCGUGCUCGUACCAUGUUUUUUCAUGGACAGUGUCAUGUCUUGUUGUAUACGGAACGUUUUCAUUUUUAUCAUCAGUAUCAGAUUCGAGGCAUUGAGCAGCUCAUUUGGUAUGGGGUGCCAAUGAUGCAUGACUUUUAUCCGGAAAUGCUGAAUUUCAUGGAAAACUCAUGUCAUGAACCCGAAAAUUUCGAUCAAAGCGCGGAAAAAUAUUCGUCGAUUGUGUUAUUUACACGGAUGGAUUUCUUACGAAUGGAACGGAUUGUGGGGAAGAAACGAGCCAGACGAAUGUGUCAGGAAAGUACAAAAGCAAAAGCGACCUUUCUUUUUUGCUAG